CACACAGAGUCAACAGACAAAGCAAGAAAGAACGAAAUUAACAGGCACCGGGCUGUUUGUCUGGAGAGAUCCGUCGCUGCCUGAGCUCAUCCCAGAGGCCCGCAGCUGCUGCAGCGCCAGGAAGUCACGAUGUCUGACAAAAGUGACUUAAAAGCUGAGCUGGAACGAAAGAAGCAGCGGUUAGCCCAGAUCAGGGAGGAAAAGAAACGGAAGGAAGAGGAACGGAAAAAGAAAGAGGCUGACCUGCAGCAGAAGAAGGAGCCGGCCCAGGAAGACUCGGACUUGGACCGUAAGCGGAGGGAGACGGAGGCCCUGCUUCAGAGCAUCGGCAUCUCCCCAGAGCCGCCGCUAGUCCCAACCCCUAUGUCUCCCUCCUCGAAAUCAGCGAGCACGCCUAGUGAGGCCGGCAGCCAAGAUUCUGGAGACCUGGGACCGCUGACCAGCUGCCUUAGGACCCUGCAAUGGGACACUGACCCCUCAGUGCUGCAGCUCCAGACAGACUCAGACAUUGGGCGGAGACUGCAUAAGCUCGGCGUGUCCAAGGUGACUCAAGUGGACUUCUUGCCCAGGGAAGUUGUAUCCUAUUGUAAGGAGACGCAGACUCCACUGGACACACACCAGUCAGAAGAGGAUGAGGAAGACGAGGAAAUGGUGGAGGCCAAGGUUCGGAACGACUCAGACCUGGAGCAUCCAGAUGAGAAGCAGGAGGUGAAGGAAGCCCCUCCCAGGGAGCUGACGGAGGAAGAAAAACAGCAGAUCCUCCACUCGGAGGAGUUCCUCAUCUUCUUCGACCGGACCAUUCGGGUCAUCGAGCGCGCCUUGGCCGAGGACUCCGACAUCUUCUUCGACUACAGCGGCCGGGAGCUGGAGGAGAAGGACGGGGAUGUCCAAGCUGGGGCAAACCUUUCCUUCAAUCGCCAGUUCUAUGAUGAGCAUUGGUCAAAGCACCGGGUGGUCACCUGUAUGGACUGGUCUCUCCAGUACCCAGAGCUGAUGGUGGCAUCUUACAACAGCAAUGAGGACGCGCCCCACGAGCCUGAUGGAGUGGCCUUGGUCUGGAACAUGAAAUUCAAAAAGACCACACCUGAAUACGUCUUCCACUGCCAGUCCUCAGUGAUGUCCGUCUGUCUGGCGCGCUUCCAUCCCAACCUGGUGGUGGGCGGCACCUACUCAGGCCAGAUUGUCCUCUGGGAUAACCGCAGUCACCGGGGGACGCCAGUGCAGCGAACGCCCUUGUCUGCAGCUGCGCACACGCACCCCGUCUACUGCGUCAAUGUGGUGGGCACCCAGAACGCUCACAACCUCAUCACCGUCUCCACGGAUGGCAAGCUGUGCUCUUGGAGCCUGGACAUGCUCUCCACACCGCAGGAGAGCAUGGAGCUGGUGUACAACAAAUCAAAACCUGUGGCUGUCACGGGGAUGGCCUUCCCAACAGGGGACGUCAACAACUUCGUGGUGGGCAGCGAGGAGGGGACGGUCUACACAGCCUGCCGCCACGGAAGCAAAGCUGGCAUUGGGGAGGUCUUCGAAGGACACCAAGGGCCAGUGACAGGAAUCAACUGCCACAUGGCUGUGGGCCCCAUUGACUUUUCCCACCUCUUCGUCACCUCGUCAUUCGACUGGACAGUCAAACUGUGGAGCACCAAGCACAACCGGGCUCUCUACUCCUUUGAGGACAACGCCGACUAUGUCUACGACGUCAUGUGGUCCCCCGCGCACCCAGCGCUCUUCGCCUGCGUGGACGGCAUGGGCCGCCUGGAUCUGUGGGACCUCAACAGCGACACUGAGGUCCCAACGGCUAGUGUAGCCGUGGAGGGGGCCUCUGCCCUCAACCGUGUCCGCUGGGCCCACACUGGCAAGGAGGUGGCCGUGGGGGAUUCCGAAGGCCGCAUCUGGAUCUACGAUGUUGGAGAGCUUGCUGUUCCUCACAAUGAUGAAUGGACCCGCUUUGCUCGGACACUCGUGGAGAUCCGCGCCAACAGAGCCGACAGCGAGGAGGAAGGGGCCGCGGAACUGGCUGCCUAGAGACGAGCCGGCCGGCUGGCUCGCGGGCGCACGCCCAUUCUCCCGCAGGGCUGGGCGUGUGCCUGUGGGGUGUCCCGUGUUCUGCGUGGAUCUGGUGUUACCGUGACUUGCUUCGCGUGCCCCCUGCCCAUCCCCGCUGCCCGUGAGCCCAUACACAGCCGGCGCGUCCCUACACUUUGCAUUUAUGUCUCCCAGUAAAAAGCGGGGCGAGGGGAAACCAGACCUUCCUGGAUUUCGUUGUUGCCUUUUAGCCACUUCGUCGCUGUGUGUAAUAGCCAGGAGCCCUGGCCCAGCUGGCGCCCCGGAGGAUCGCGUGCGGCUGAGGCGCUGCGCCCGCCGGGGGCUAGAUCCCCGGGGACCCCUUAGGAAUGUGCUUCCUGCCCCUCGCUGCUCCUUAUUUAUUGCGGGUGGGGUGUAUGCGCGUGCGGACUCAGCGCCGCGUGGAUCGUAGCCGCUGGGAGGCAUCGAGAUAAACGACCCUAAAGCAUGGGCGUAAUGAGCCCCCCGCCCGGUCUCCCUGCUCGGCAGCAGAGUGCCCCCAGCUCUGACUCCCUGUUACGGCGGGCCAGGUGCGCUGAAAACGCCCAGCGGAGCGAGGGGGUCUGGAGGGAUCGGAGGAGGUGGAGGCCAAUUAUUCUCAAGUUCCUCACCCGUAUUUCAUGUCAUUUGAGCUAGCAGAGCCUGGCAGAAGUUUGUGGUUCCUGAAUGCGACCCCAGAAAUGCCAAUAAAAUAUUCAAAACCA